AUGAUUACCGGUCCACGCUUCGUUCGUGGCUGUGUGGUGCACGCACCAUCACUUAGUAAUAUCGAGCUUUGUGAGGAUGCCUUCCUGUCCAUUGAUCCUCUGACGGGGCGCAUUGCUGCUUUCCAUACUCAAAUUACUCCUUCUGACCUACAUGUGCUCUCAAAUGCUCGUUCUUCUGACGUUUUGCACCUUCGUAAGGGCCAAUUUAUCAUUCCAGGCUUCGUGGAUACGCACGUGCAUGCACCACAAUUUCAAUUUAUGGGAACUGCCACCGAUCUUCCAUUGAUGCAGUGGCUUGAAAAGUAUACAUUUCCGGUAGAACAGGCUUUUGAGGAUCCGAAAGUGGCUUUAAAAUGGUAUUCGGCACUUUUGGACACAAUGUUGAGCCAGGGUAUCACCACUGCUCAGUAUUUUGCCACAAUUCAUCUUCAAGCUACCAAAAUACUCGUAGACCUUGUGGAGAGUCGAGGUCAAAGAGGUUUGGUUGGGCUCGUCUCUAUGGAUCGGAACGCUCCAGACACGUACAUACUAUCAACUGACCAGUGUCUAGCAGAUGCAGAAGAUUUUAUCCAGUACGUCUUAAAUAAAGCCCUUGAUUUGGUAAAGCCAGUCAUCACUCCAAGAUUUGUGCCGACAUGCUCAUUGCAGUUAAUGGACGGGCUGGGCGCUUUGGCAAAGAAGUAUAAUGUGCAUGUGCAGUCGCACAUUGCUGAGUCGAGAGAUGAAGAAGCAUUUGUGGAGACGCUGCAUCCUGGAAAACGAGAUAUUGAGCUGUUUGAAAAAGCUGGGCUUUUGACGCCGAAAAGCUGCAUGGCUCAUGCAGUGCACCUAAAGGAGAAUGAGCUGGAAGUCUUGCAUCGCACCGGAACAGCAAUCUCGUGUUGCCCACUGUCCAACUUUUUUUUUGCCAAUGGAUUUUUGGAUGUUAGAAAAGUACUCGAAAAGAGCGUCAAUGUCGGACUUGGCACGGACAUUGCCGGUGGAUACUCACCGAGUAUGUUGCGUGCGAUUCAGACUUGCGUGCUGUCGAUUAAGGCCCUGGAAAUUCAAGACGGCACAUCUAGAGCCCCCACUUAUCCAUUUGAUUUCAAAGAUGCUUUCUAUCUAGCAACAAUGGGUGGUGCGAAGGCUCUUAACGUUGAUAAGGACACGGGUAGUUUUGCAGUGGGAAAAUGUUUCGAUGCCAUUUUUGUUGAUGUGAAUUGUGGUCACAACUUGGUGAAAUCCAAGCGUGAUACCUCAAUGGAUGUAUUUCAAAAAUUUAUUCAUAACGCAGACAACCGCAACUUUACUAAAGUGUAUGUUAAAGGUAAAGUAGUGUACGAGAAGAAUGAAUUCUCUAAUAAAUCAAGCGUAUCUAACUAA